AUGUCAUCACUUGAUAAUAAGCUAUCUGCCAGAGACAAUUUGGAUCUGAAGCCAACGCCGCAUUACUAUAUCGGAUACGGCGACCAUGACUUUCGAUACCAGUUUUGGCGCUAUCGAGUGACUCAUGCUCAGUCAGGCACAAAAUCUGAUACCAGAUCUAAGAAUCGAUCUCAAGAAAGCACACAGAGUCUGAUUGUCAAUUGCUAUGGGUUUUUCCCUAAAAAGGGAAUCCAGAAACUUCUCUGCGAUUCUGCCGAUUCUCAACUCCUUACCAAAGACAAUUCAAAAGAAAAGGAGACUCGAUUCUUCGAACCAUCAGAUAUAUGGGCACGUCGCUUCAAGAAUGAACAUUGGAUGUCAAUAAAGAAAAUCCCCAGUCGCCCCCUCAAGCAUGUAUUCAUGGAUAAGACUGUGAAGGAGAGAAUUGUCCUCAAAUUUGACACUUUCUACUCGCAGAAAGAUGAGGACAAGAAGCUAUACGAAGAGCUGGGAUACAAGCACAAACUUGUGUGUCUGUUCCAUGGAGAGUCAGGUACAGGAAAAACAAGUACGAUUACGAGCUUGGCUCAUCGCUAUCAGCUUAAUGUGUGUUUGGUCAACCUGCAGAAACAGAACGAGGAAGAUCUAAAGAUAAUAUUGCACCGCCUUCCUGAGUCGUCAAUGAUUGUUUUCGAAGACAUCAAGCCGAGUACGUUUGAAGAUUAUAAACCCGAGUCGAAUAAAGAAGGAAUUUCGUUGGCAACCUUUUUGAAUAUGCUUGAUGGUCUGACAUCUCUCGAGGGGAACAUCAUUAUCAUGACAACCAACUAUUUCCAAGAACUUCACGAUUUCUGUCCGGAAUUGCUUCGUGAAGGCCGAGUGGAUGAAGCUGUCAAAUUCACGUACAUUGACGAGGAACAGGCAAAAAGCAUGUUCCAUGCCUAUACCAGCCCAGACACGGAAUUGACAGAACUAGACUCUGAAUCUCUUGAUCAAGGAAUGAAAUUUGGAAAGCUUCUCGAUGGAAUGAAAGUCAGACAUUCUGCGGUACAAAAAUAUCUUCUCAAAUGGAUAAAAAAUUCGAAUGGAGCAUUUCAUCAUGCAGAGGAAUGGUUGGACAAUAUGUUGGCUGAAAAUUCCGACAAAACCAAAACACAAAUCAGUGAGACAUCGCAUGGGCCUAUAAUGAUAGACGAUAUUAAGACUUUGCAAGAGACUGGACAAUUGCACGAUAGUGUGAUGGUGGAUAGAAGCAAGUUGGCUACUGUUGAUAAAGAGGUGGAUGAGAGUAACGUCUGUCCCUGUGUCCCGAGACGCACCCCGUAA